CAUGAACAGAAAAACCAUUGAACAUCAUUGAUCAGCACUUCCAUUCGUUGACUCGUGUGUGAGUAGUCCGUGCCGAGCAAUCGUCUUCCGGAAGCUGGUGAGAAGCUGAGUACGUAGGUUUUGCCUCCGAGGGCCCUACUAGACUGUGGUACUGCCACGACUAUACACCAGCUUACAUAGGAGUCAGUAAGGGACACUGCGGUAUCGAGCAAGGAAAUGAGUUACUUUAAGAACCUUUGGAAAUCCAUUUUCGAACCGGGUGUAAGCCCUACGCUGGCCUAUUCAGCUCACGUUGCUUGUGCUCUGUUAUGUCUGUGUUUUGUCGGUUUGUACAUCGGCACUCGGAGUUACCACUGUCUCGUCCUUUUGGCCAUCUCAUUAGCCAUGUGGUUCAGUCUGAUUUGGUUCCUGAUGGAAUUGGCGCAUAGCAGAAUUGAAUCAGAUAUGAAGAAUGGAAAAGGCGACGGCAUUACUCUUCACGGAUUGCCUUCAAAAGCUGAUAAAGCUAAACAAGGUUAG